UUAAUAUAAUUGAAAAACAUUUGUAAAAUACCAAAAUAUUUUUCAAUUACAUUAAAUAUACUUAGUCCUAUUAGCAACAGUAAUACUGAAAGUAAAGUAUUACUGUUGCUGGGAAUAGGAAUACAUGGAAGAUUAUUGUUACCAGUAAUAUUUAUAUCACUGGUAACAGUAGCAGUAAUGUGCUACCCGUAAUUAUAAGAUACUGUACAAAAGAAAGAUCUUCUCAACAAUAAAUUUCAAAAAUGACUACGAUCCACUUUAACAGUAUGCUAUCAGCGGUUCUUUCACUAACUUUUAUAGAAAGAUUUACAACGCUAUGAUUUUCACUCGUUUGACAAUGUUGAGUACAGAUGAAUGUGGUGAUUUAAUAUGCUGACAAAUUCUUAUUUGUUUAUGUUAGUAUCUUACAUUGUCGUUUUUUCUGUUGUCUCUUGAAAAGAAUGCAUGUAAUUAUUCUAAGAUAAACGAUGCCUUUCUCUUUUUUCUACUUCUCUUCUUCUGCGUUAUUCAACAAGGUGUUGAUUUGUCUGUUUAAUGAAAGAGUAACGUGAGUCUCUUAAAUUGGCCUUCGCUUAGAGUAAACGAAUAUUAUUCUUUUGUAGAACAGCAGAAUAUUAAAAGAUGUGUACAUAUUAAACACAUUAGAUGUAAAUAAGCGUUUCAGUACAGCACUCUUAUCAAGAGCUACGUUGGUUUGGAUUAAAUAUUUACGUAACUAUAUUACUAAAAUAGCGUGGAAUUAUAGAAUACCUUCAUUGAAAAUGCUUUAUUUGAUCUUUUAUUGCCAUUUUUAAUAUUUCGUAUAGAUUGAACGUUAGAAGGGGAGAAAUCUAUAUAAGAGCUACGUUCGCCUUAACAAGAGGAAUAAACAUUUGAUUGCUUAUUGUUAUGGAAUUUUUUUCAUUAACUACCAACAUAACAAUAACAGACGUCCGAUGGCAAACAUAUCCGAUUGGGCUUAUUCUGUUGUUGUUAUGUUUAUUAACUGUAUUAGGUAAUAUAUUAGUUAUAUAUACUGUAAUUCAUGAAUGUACAUUACAUACAUCGACAUAUUAUUAUGUUGCAUCAUUGGCAUUUGCUGACCUAUUAGUUGGAUUAAUAGUUAUGCCAUUUGCAUUUAUCUUUGAAAUGACUGAUGAUGAAUAUUGGUUAUUUCAACAUCAUCUGAGAUUUUUAUGUGAUUUUUGGCAUUCAGUGGAUAUAUUUGCAUCAACAGCAUCAAUAUUUGGAUUAUGUGUUAUCGGAUUAGAUCGCUAUAUGGCAAUUACAAGACCAAUUCAAUAUCCUAAUUCAUUCAUGUCAAAAAGAUGGUACUAUAUGUUGUCAUUCAUAUGGAUAUGUUCAGCUGUCAUAUCUUUUCCAGCUGUUGUUCAUUUUGGAACAGAACGAACGAUUUCUCGUACGUGA